AUGAAUAAACAACAAGAAAUUAAUAAGAGAUUGGCUUUAUUUUAUGAUUCUAAAAUAGGAUUCAUAACCUUAUUGACUUAAACAUCAAAUAGUAGAACGAAAGCACUGUUGAUUGAAUUUAAUAUUAAAAAUGCAUUUCCUUUUUAUUCGAAAUUGAAUUAUGUCUACCUUGAAUAAAUGAUUAAGGUAAAUUUUAUAUUGUUUUGAUUUAAAGCUUUGUUGUGCAUUUUUGAACUUAUAAGUAUAGAAUAUGUAAUUAAAUUUUUCCAUUUGA